AAUAAAACGCGUUUGGUCGCUAGCUACUCCUUCUAUAAUGGUGUUUAGAGAAUAAGUCAAGAUGACACAGUUCGUAUUCAGUUGGGAAAAUAUCAGUUACACGGUGGUGGAGAAAACUAAGACGUUUUGGAACACGAUCAACAAACGAAAAACAAUUUUAGAUGGGGUGUCUGGCGUGGCGACUUCGAAUAAUCUCAUAGCCAUAAUGGGUUCGAGCGGAUGCGGAAAGACAACCCUACUCAGUAUUCUCUCUGGACAAAAAAUAGGAAAAACUGGUUUACUUAAACUGAACGACAAGAUUAUAACUGAAAAAACGAUGCGAACCAAUUCGGAAUAUAUGCAGCAAAACGAUUUAUUUCUGGAAACCUUCACGGUCUACGAGCACCUCAAAUUCGUAGCGGCCAUGUCCCUCAAAGCGACAAAAAACGAGCGAGUGUUAGCUAUAAAUCGACUUUUACGAACUUUAGGCUUGGAAGGCCAAAAAUACAUGAGGAUAGAGCACCUAUCGGGAGGUGAAAAAAGGAAACUAUCUCUAGCGGCGAAAUUAUUGCCAGAUCCGUACUUUUUAUUUUGCGACGAACCCAUAUCAGGCCUAGAUAGCUUCAACGCAAUCUCAAUAGUACGACUUUUGGAAACUAUAGCUAGCAGCGGAAAAAUUGUUUUUAUGACUGUUCAUCAACCGUCGUCGCAAUUAUUCGAUCUGUUUGACAAUAUCAUUUUGCUUUCCGCCAACGGCGGACUGGUAUUUCAGGGUACGAAAGAUAACGCCAAAUUAUUUUUUGAAUCGCAAGGCCUGGUUUGCCCCGGUUCCUUUAAUCCCGCUGACUUUUACAUUAAGUCUUUGGCCAUUAGAGUGCCUGGUGACGAAAGAAGAAUUGAGUUAUUGAGAGAGGCGUACAGGACUGAAUACGCCGUCAAAUACGACUUUGCCGGAAAAGGAUAUAACGGUUUGCUGCUUAAACACAAGCAGCAUAAGCAAAAUUUUUUCUUGGAAUUGGGAUGGUUGAUAUGGCGCACUCUGAUCGAUAUGAAAGGAAAUAUCGGCAUUCAUAUGAACACAUUUCUCCUAAUUAUGCUAACUGCUUGCAUUAUAGGAAUGUCUUAUACAUAUGUGAGUAUUGGCAAAACGGGCAGUAUUCAGAGCAUUCAGGGUGCGUUGUUGCUGAUCGUUUCCGAACUGGUUUUCGAUCAAAUGUAUUACGUCAUAUAUACAUUUCCAAAGGAAGUUCAAAUUUUUACUCAAGAAAAGAAUUUAUAUUCGCCUUUCCCAUAUUUCUUGUCGAAAUUACUUUCACUCGUCCCCUUUUGCCUUUUAAACACGUUGGGAUUUUUAGGCAUAUACUUCAUAUUUUUACCGUUUUUAAAUGGCUUUCAGUUAUUCCUGGACAUUUUUUUAAUAUUGGUAAUUACGUCUAUAGGAGGUAGUGCUUUGGGUUUGUGUUUAUCGGCGCUGUUUCCAUCGAUCGAUACCAUUAAUCUAAUAAGUGUUCCAUUUGAACUUUUAUGUCUCACUCUGUCAGGGAUGUGGAUCCGACUCGACACAUUGCCAAAGUUCUUUUCGAUAGUUAAAUAUUUUUCGCCGUUUUAUAUGAGCUACGAAUCAGUGUGUAUUGCGUUUUGGGGUAAAAUUACAAAAAUAGAAAACUGUACCGCUGCGGAAGAAUUGCCUUGUUUCGAAAACGGAGCACAAAUUUUGGAAAACUAUGACUUCGCAUCCAGCAGUGAAGAAAUACAAACAAAUUUAAUAUACUUGCUCAUAUUAAUAGCGGUGUAUUGUUAUAUAGGAUACAUUGGAAUUAUCAGAAAAAGAGCAUUGUACACCGUGUGAUAUGUGUGAUA